AUGGGGGUUCUUCUUAGUUUUCUACCUGUUAACAAUGCAGUGUUUAUGUUUCUAUACAGGCAUCUCUUUGGAUGUGAUUUGAACCUUAAUACGAAACGACGUUUUGUGGAUACAAUUCUUGGAAGUAUUCCAGUAAAUGUUAUUGAAUCCCUUGUUUGGGAUAAAAAACACAAAUAUGAGGAUCGAGAGAAUGAUUCCCGCCAUCAUUAUGGAGACUCUGAAGGAAUUGGUGUUUCAUCCAUACUUCACGCAUCUGUAUGUCGAUUAGGAUGGUAUGAUGGUGAUGAAUUUAUUGGUAGUGUUCAUGAUGCCCGUUUAGUAUUAUAUGAAAGACAUCUUAUGGUACAUGAGGUAGGGGCUUCACAGAAUAUGGGUAAUCAUGAACGUGUUAUUACAGCUGAACGAUUGAUAGGACGUAUACAAACAAGUCGUAUAAGUGUACGUGUAGCUGUAAUUGAAUCCAAUACCCGUCGUGGUGGUACUGGAUCUGGUGUUUUACAUGGUCAUGUACUACUUAUUAAUACUAUGGAUGAUGGUCCAUUGUUUGAUGAACCUGAAGGUACAUCAAGUACUUCCUAUGUUUCGAAGCAGUCAAUGAUUUUUCCAAAUGGUAGUUAUAGUAUCACGAAUAACAGUAAUAUCAAUAUCAAUAGCAAUACCAAUAGCUAUAUCAACAAGAGUAACAAUCAAAAUAGUAAUAUUAAUAGUAAUAAAAAUAGUUCUUUGUAUGGUGAAAGUAAUCUUAAAGACUCUAAAACGAAGAAAAGUAAUGAUCGGGGUACUAAUAGUAAUAUUAGUAACAAUACUAAUGGUAAUAAUUUUGGUAAUACUAAUCUUGGAAGUACUUCUUUUACGACGAAUACUAAUGAUAAUCGUCUCUCUCCGCGUUAUUCGAUGGCUGUGAAGUUCUACUCCUUGCGUGAUCAAGAGAGGUGGUUAAAUCUUUUACGUGCCCCACAUGAAGCGGCCCAUUGGCGUUCAUAUCUUCGAACUCUUACGACGCCUGACCCUUUUAAUCUUCUUCUGACGCGAUUACUUGUCCAGAGUAUGCGUACGACUGCCCUUGGAAACUUUAUCCAUGCCAAGAUCCAGAAGAAGCUGGACUCCCUUAGUAUAAAGAAAUUCCCUCGUGAGAUUGAGGGUGGUAUUAUUCUAGAUGACUUUCUCCUGAGUGAUGAGGUUCCGAUGGUGAGUAAUGUCUCCUCCCCGUCCACCUCGGCGAAUGGGGAGGUGACGUUUGACUUUGAUCUCCUCUACCGCGGCGGGGCGACGCUCUGUCUGCGGCUCAACUUGACUUACCGCGGGCUGCGGAUCCCCCACGUGGUGUGUGCGGUGACGAUUGAGCGGGCGGCCGGGCGGCUGCGGCUGAGCGUCGGGCCCCCGCCGAGCAAAAAGUUCUGGCUGGGCCUCCUCUCGCCGCCGACGGUGCGGCUGACGGUGGCGCCCGGCCUGAGCCCCCCGGCGGCCCACGGCCCCCUCCACCGCCUCAUCGCCGCCCUCCCGGACCUCAGCCACGUCGCCAGCCAACUCCUCCACCUCUACCUCCUCGACGAGAUGGGCCUCCCCGUCAUGGACGACUACCCGCUCCCAAGCGUACAGAAAACACCCCCAGCCUCCCCACACAACAGGAAAUCAUGGAAUACAAAGUUCGACAGGAAAAACGCCGCCGCACAUAGUAGAUCACAUCAUGCCACCACCUCCACCCCCGCCUCCAGCGCCGUUGCCGCUGCCGAGACAGCAGCAACAGCAACAGCAACAGCAGUGGCAGCAGGCAUGGGCUCCUUCAUGAACGCUAUUAAGAGCUAUAGAAGCAGGUUUUCCCACUAUGGGGAUGGAAGCACAGAGGAGAGUCCACUAGGAAAGGAAUUAUCAUUUCGACCACUCAGGGAUCCUCUACAAGAGGAUGAGGAAGAGGUGGAUAAUGAGAAGAAUGAGGUGGUAAUAAACACGCCAAGUGAAAUGAGAAGCACGAGUGAAACGACAGUAUCAACUCUUAGUGGACUUCCACCAAACUCGGAGGAUGCACGACGGCAUCGAAUUAAAAAAAAAGCAGAAGAAAUUAUGCGACCAGCUGUUAAGGCAGCCCUCCAGUUACCAACACCAUCUGAACAAAAAAAUUAUUCUUCAUAG